CCCGGCCGCGUUGCCGCGGCAGAGGGGCCGCUAUGGCGGCGGAGCCGUGCCCCGCCGGAAGCCGCGCGGGGCCUAUGGCGGAGGUGGGCGAUGGAGAGGCUGCGGAAGCUGUGGAGGAGCCGCACCAUGACCUUCGGGGUCCCUCUCUUGCUGUAUCUUAUUGGAGGAUCUUUUGGACUCCGUGAAUUUGCUCAAAUAAGAUAUGAUGUCCACAAACUACAUGGCAAGGUUGAUCCAGCUUUGAAAGAAAAAUUAAAACAGAACACUGUGACACUGGAAUCUGAAUAUGAGAAGCUGAAUAAGACUGACCUGAAUAACUGGGAGAACAUCAGAGGACCCCGUCUGGGGGAAGAUUCUAGGAAUGUUCAGAAGCAACAGCGGGAAGCUCUCCGUCUCAGAACACAGUGACUGAGCAAGCCUACUUUGGUGCCUCUGCAAAAAAAACAAACAAACCCAACAAAACAAAACGGUCUCAGGCUGGACUGUCUGUUUUCAAUAGUUUCAUGAAUACACAUGGGAAGAGGGGAUUGCACUGAACUGGUGUACAUACAAGUAACUGAAAUCAAUCCAAAAGGCACUGUAUUAUGUGAAGCUCUUUGCUUCUGUUUGCACAGAGUUCUAUAGGCUGCAUAUAUGAAUUCUUAAUUAAAAAAAUAGUUGAUUAUUGUACUGAGAAUAUUCCAUUGUUUUUCAGUCCCUGUCAUUCAAAAGCAUGAUGCUUCAGCAAGGAAUAACAUUUCAGGAGUCACUUGUCAGUACCAGAAGUUAUCAUCCUAAUGAGAACAACAGUGCUGUCAUCUAGAUACAUGUGACCAGAUAAAUGCUGCUCUAGAGAGCCCCUGCAUGACUUCAGGCUCAUAAGCUUGGAAGGAACUUCACAGGCACAUGAGGUGUUCAAAGCAGUGAGCACAUUUUUGGCUAAAUAGUAUUCUUGUGUUUCAUUUCCAGGAACUUAACCGUACAGAGGCAUAUACAGAAUGUCAGCUUGUAAUUGGUCAAAUAACAUUUGUUUAGCUGUGUUUAGAUUUUUGUGAUUAGUUUGUUGAUAUCUUUGUGCAGGCAGGACCUUUGCACAGCAGUUUCUCAGCUGAAGCUGGAAAAAUUCUUCCUCUACACUGUUUCUCUGUGAGCAAGUAUUGUAGCAGAAUCUUCUUGAACUACUGUAUAGUGAUAGAGCUCAUCUUACAUGUACUAUUAUGUGUAUAUUUGUGCAUGUGCACAUAAAUUUUUUAUUUUUUGAUGAA